AUGCAAGUCAUUAUGCUUAUACCUUUGACAAAUUUGGGAUAUGGGUUUCAGGUAUUCUGCAUUUGUUUUGGCCGAGUAGUUCUAGACUUGAGAUUGCUGAAAAUGAAGAGGCAAAUGGAGAAAUAUAAGUCAUGUGGUACAAGUUCUGCCUCAGCCCCGAAGAUUAAAUCAUCUUCAUCAUCUCAGAUCAACGCUAUUGUUGGUGAAUCUACAACACCAAUACCUCCCCAUGAAGGAAUUUCUACUGCAACUCCGGAAGUUCAAGGAACUCAAGGAAGUGAAGCAAUCGAGCUUCAAGAUGAUGGAAGUGUGGAAAGCAUCCUUGAGGCGUUGAAACGGAAAGAAAGGUCAGAUAUUUGGAAUCAUUUUGAGAGGGAUGUGGUGGAUGGUAGAAUUAAGGGUAAAUGUAAUUAUUGUGGAAAAGAUUACUAUGCCGAUCCUAGGAAGAAUGGUACAACCUCCCUUAAUAAUCAUAUGGACAAGUGUUCAAAGUAUCCCCCUAAUAUUGAGAUGAUGAAAGCUAAAAGGCAAAAGAUUUUCUCUUUUAAAAAACUAACUACUGAGUUGUGUUGUGUACUGUAG